AUGGAUGGUUGUUGCUGGAACACGGAUCUGGUAACGCAGCGUUCAAUCAGCAAUCUCUUUAGCCUGUUGUACAUUGCCAGAUACACUACGCAGAGUAUCUGUUUUCAGUGCUCGGACCUAAAUAUUGAAGUGCACUACGGAGCAUUUUUUAUUAACCCAAGGAUUCUACAAGACGGCGAUGCUGGUGAUGGAAGUGAACCACCGCGCUGCGAUUCGCCCGAGAGUGCAAGAAUUAAGAUUUGUCGUGAUCCAUGCUUCAUUCUGAAUGUCACCACACAGGAAAUUAGUACCAGCAGGAUGUUGCCGUUUGGUACUUUCUUUAUCUGCUCAUUAUUUACCUCAGUUCUUGACUGGUAA